AUGGAUUCACACUUGAAUCGUGAUUCGGGGCGUACCCCGGAAAUGUGUCGGUCGAAAUGGAAGGAUUUGAAGCAUAAGGUGUCGGGUUUUUGUGGUAUCUACAAUGUGAACAAAAGUAAGAUGUUGAGUGGCCAAAGUGACGAGGAUGUGUUUAAGGCGUCUGUGGCAUUGUAUAUGCGGAAAUACAAUAACAAGUCCGGGUUUCCGCAUGUAGAGGCGUGGCCGGUUUUGAGGAGAGGACCGAAAUGGUCGGAGGUUCUUACUUUGGAGGGGAUUUGUGAGGAGUCGGGUAGCAAACGGGCAAGAACAGAAGGGUCUGUCCAUGUACGUUCAUCAGGGGAGGCAUCGGUCCACAUUGACUUGAAUGAGGACCAGUUGGAGCAGGAAAAAGAGGGAGGGAACGACAUUGAUAAUGCACCCGUACAUCCUGCUAGACCCGUCCCACCCCGCCGUAAAGCUAAGGGUAAGCAGCCUGCUCCUUCCGCCUCUACUACAUCUGAGGAGUUCUUGAAGAUAGUCGCGGAGUUGAAAUGCGACAAUGAGGAUAAAAAACGAGCUCGGGAGGAGAAGAUGCAGAUGCAGAAGGCGAUGAUGGAUAGCUAUAUGGCGGCGGAGGAGGCUAGGAAGAAACGGGAGGAGGAGAUGACACGGAUGGUCUAG